AAGUAUGGUCCUCUCAUGUCCCUACGACUUGGAUUUAGGCCAACCCUGGUUGUUUCUUCAGCAAAAAUGGCUAAAGAGGUUAUGAAAACCCAUGACCUCGACUUCUGCAGUAGGCCUACUUUACGUGGGACGCAAAAAUUAUCUUAUAAUAACUUAGAUUUCGCUUUUACGCCGUAUAAUGGUUAUUGGAGGGAGAUCAGGAAAAUAUGUGUUGUUCAUCUCUUAAACUCCAACAGGGUACAACUUUAUCGUCCUAUCCAAGAAGAUGAAGUUGCUCGUCUGAUUACAAAAAUAUCCAAAUUAUCUAUUGAUUCUAAGCUUGUCAAUUUGAGUGAGGCAAUGAUAUGUCUUACCUCUGCAAUAAUUUGCAGAGUAGGAUUUGGCAAGAGGUUUGAAGAAGAAGGAACUAAAAGAAGCAGAUUUCAUGGGCUACUUAAUGAAAGCCAAGCCAUGAUCGCGACCUACUUUUUUUCUGACUAUUUUCCUUUCAUGAGUUUGGUAGAUAGAUUCUCUGGAUUACUCGAUCGACUUGAAAAAAAAUUUAAAGAAUUUGACAUCUUCUAUCAAGAACUCAUUGAUGAGCAUCUUGAUCCAAAUAAAUCAAAACUCGAGCAAAAUGACAUAAUUGAUGUUUUACUACAAAUUUCGAAAGAUCGUGACUUUGGAAUUGAUCUUACUAUGGACCACAUAAAAGCUGUGCUAAUGAAUGUGUUUAUCGCGGGAACAGAUACUAGUGCUGCCACUGUGAUUUGGGUCAUGACAUUCCUAAUAAGAAAUCCUAGAUGCUUGAAGAAAGUUCAAGAGGAAAUCAGAAGCUUGACAGGAAAAACAAGUUUUGUUAAUGAAGAUGAUGUUCAAGGCUUAAUUUAUCUUAAAGCAGUGAUAAAAGAGACAUUCAGAUUGCAACCAGUAACUCCAUUGUUAUUGCCACGAGAAACAAAGCGGAAGUGCAAUAUUGGUGAGUAUGAAAUACCUUCCAAAACUUUAGUUCAUGUGAAUGCAUGGGCAAUUGGAAGAGACCCUGAAGCUUGGGAAAACCCAGAAGAGUUCUAUCCGGAGAGAUUCAUUGGCAGCUCUAUUGACUAUAAAGGACUAGACUUUGAGCUCAUACCUUUUGGUGCCGGUAGAAGGGGUUGUCCCGGAAUACAUAUGGCAGUUAUGACUGUGGAGCUUGCCCUUGCUAAUCUUCUUUACAAAUUUAACUGGGAAAUGCCGGCCGGGAUGAACAAAGAAGACUUAGACUUUGACGCGCUACCCGGUAUCGUUGUACACAAAAAAAAUGCUCUUUGCCUUGUGGCCAGCACGAUUAAUACGUAA